AUGGAGGCGUUGAACCGAAUAACGUGUACCUAUCGACAGCGACGCCUGACGUUGUCUGGCCUUCUGUCCUGCCGUUACAGUAUUGGUCGUUUUACCCCUCUGAGAAAAGACCAAGGACACUUCGCGAACUCUUCUCUUGAACGAAUCUGUCAGCGCGUUUGCGCAUCAGGCUAUAUGUCCUCGGAAAAGAAAGAUUCGCGCAUACCGGACCUGUUUGUGAAGCGUGCUGCAAUGAAGCGACUAAUAAACGUCCGUCGAGACGUUCCGUUCAUACCCGAUGGCCAUUUUGCAGGCAAUGAAAUGAUUUCGCACGCCGCCACAGAUAUGAACGUUUCCUGUUCGACUCAUGACGACGCGGUGUCGAAAGAGACGACUUCCGGAUCGGUGGUCGUGGUUCGAAAGAUCUCUGAGCCAUCGUCCAGUCCGAAGGCGAUCGCCCCGGCAGUACCUAAGCUGAGUCGCGUCGGUGCAAACGGAAACGGAGGCGGUGGUGCAGCCGCAACUGGCGGCGGAGGUGCGGGCGACCGUCGCAGCAACAGCGUGGUACCUCCCGCCGUGGUAGACAACGCCACCGCUGCCGCGUCCGGCCCAAAGCGCAGACGGAAGGCUUCGUCAUCGCAGCUAAAGAAUACGCCCCCGUCUUGCUCGGUGUUCGCUUUUGUGCUAAUUAUUCAGUUCAGUGAACAACGGGGCCGUGUUACAAAGAAACGACCAUAUUUGAAGCAGAGAAAGUUCGCCUCAUAUUUGCGCAAACCACACAAGAUGGACACACCUCAGAGCAUUCCUAUUCACGACAUUUGCGGAAUCACAAGAACGGUUGUGGUUGAUCUACUUGAUUGGGCGUCAUGUGUAUCUUCGUUGUUUAAAUGUGAGCCUGCUGCUCGAGAUCAGAGUGAAGUUGUAGGCGGGUCAGUUAUCCGAGAUGGUUGCCUCUACGGGUCGCAUUCUGAGAUGAAUGAGCGGUAUCCGCAUUUCGAUGAUGCGAUUACGGACAAGUGCCGAGAAGCAGUGCGUCGCCUCUCGGUUUAUCCCGCCAAAGAUGCAAUGUCGCGGACGUAUUCGGCCAGCUUCGUUUUCGCGUCACUCUCGACCAUCGAGGCGUUCGUCACUCACGGCUCUGCCCACAACCAUCCGCUGAACGUUCUGCUACCGGAGGGUCGCGUGUCCCCAGCCGCUGCUCGUUGGACUUUCAUCGCUUGCGCUUUGCAACUUCGUUAUGCACUCAUCGCGUCAUUCGCCGCGAAGUGGCAGAUCUAUCUUGAAAAGCGUAAGCGUACUGUAAACCCUGGUUUGCCACGGCCGCACUGUUUGACCGUUUCGCGGUUUUUCACAAGGUUCGCAGCCAACUCUCGUUUCAGCUCAAGAAUAUGCCUUCCCCCGUGCUUCGUAGUUACCGUGUUUAUUAUUCGUGGUUUGCUCUCCGCAACGAGUUUGCCGACGUUUGAUUAUAGAGAGCGGUAUUACGUCGUACUGGGGAAUAACUUUUCCGGCUUACAGUUGCUCUCGCCCGGCUACAAACGGCGUUCCGAAGAACUGAAACGUCUUUUCAAGGGCGUUUCUGAAGACGAGAAGCUUGUCAUCGACUAUUCGUGCGCUUACCAAAAGGAAAUCCUUCUUCAUGGCCGAAUGUACGUGUCGCAGAACUGGCUGUGUUUCUAUUCGAACAUUUUUCGCUGGGAAACAACGUUGGCCAUUCCGUUCAAAGACAUCGUGGCAAUCAAGAAGGAGAAAACGGCGAAGAUCAUCCCGAACGCGAUCCUGGUUUCGACCAGUGCCAACGAGAAAUUGUUCUUCACAUCAUUCUCGGCCCGCGACAAAGCAUAUAUGAUGAUCUUCAAGCUGUGGCAAUACGCGCUUCUUGAUCAGGUACUUAAGAGGGACGUUAAAUCCAACGCCGUAUAG